AUGCUCGCCCGCCUGUUUCUCUUCGCCGCCCUCUCUGUCCUUGGAGCUGCGCAAAUCACCAUCGACGCACCUACUACGCAAGUAGCUGCCAUCCAGUGCGAGGUCUACCAGAUCAUUUGGGCGGGCGGCACUGCUCCCUACGAGAUCCAUUUGGAAGAUGGUGACGGGAAGAACUUCAUCGAGGAGAUUGCGUCCUCCACAAGUGGCAGCUCCAUAACGUGGAUAGUGAAUCAGCCUGCCGGCUCGAUUCUCAGUUUCGCUAUCCAAGAUGCAGCCGGCGUUGUGGGCAGCAGCAGCCAGUUCACGGUGCAGAUGUCCACCAAUAGCGGAUGUCUCAACCCAUCGGCGAGCGAAACUUCUUCGACCCCCGUCAGCACAACCAUGGCUAGCAGUACGGAUGCAUCCAGAACCAGCUCGACCACCUCAAGCGCUUCUUCUCUGCCACCAUCGAAGUCCAGCGUUGCAUCGCCAUCCGCGAGCUCCAGCCCAAAAGCAUUGUCCGCGGGCGCAAUUGCUGGAAUCGCCGUGGGCGCGGCAUGCUGUGCUCUGUUGAUUCUUGGGGGAGUUAUGUGGAUCGUGCGGCGGCCGUCGAGACGAGUAGCGUCCUCCAUUCACGAGAGUAUCGACCCAACGUACGAGGGACCGACAGAUGUGAUGACGAGCGUGGAACCGUUUUCUUUGGCCGAGCGGGAUAUUCAGUUUUCGGGGUCGCCUGUCACCGGGUCCAGUACUCCCAUCGAUUGGGCACGGAAGGGCAGACACGAUAGUGGCCUCAGCAUAGCCACCCGGCGCACCGUGGAGGGUAUCGAGCAACCUGGGCUGCCGUUGUCUUCUGGGGAGUCAGGUCCGCCUGGAAAUGGAGAGCUCAGCGAGACGAACCUGGAUCGCUUGCCGGUCUUCGACCUGGGAUUUCAGCCUCCGAGUCUACCCGGCGCUCGCCAAUUCAGCUUGUUUCCCCCUCCCAUCUACUCUAGCCACCGGCCGGGAUCUGAGAUGCAGAGCCGCCUCGCCCCGUUCGCCCCAACACCGGUCAUAAACACUGCUACCCGCGGCUCCUCCCGACCAGCACCCAGGCCUGACCACGCCCAACUUGAACAGAUGGUUGCCCGCUCGAAUAUAAACAUGAAUUAUGGGAUCAAUCCCAUCCAGCCAUCGACCUCGGCAGCCGCCGCAGCAGCCGCCGCCGCAUUCCGCGCCCCGGCCCACAAGCACGCCCACCACCUACACUCAAUUCCCCCACGCGAAAAGUCGACUCGGACACUGAUCAUUGAUCAAUUACUAUGGGCGCACGCACGAACGCGCUUUGCACAGGCCCGUGCAGAGCUCGCCAUGACGGACCGGACCGGUGGACGCGGUUCCCCACGGUACGCGCAUCGCGAGCGCCCGGAACGCUACGACGAGGACCUUGAGGCGGGAUCGGACGGCGAGGACGCAUCUUCAUUGCGCGCAAGGGACGGCGGGCCGGGUCACCCGCACGAUGAGGAGGAAGACGAUCGACUCGCGCGCCAAGAUCUCAAACUCGCACAUGCGCUACGGCUUCGUGCUCAAGGACUUGAGAAGGUCGUUGCCGGGAUGCUCGCACAAGCGCCCCUCGAUAUUCCAUUUCCUGAAGAUGAGCCAGUCGUACCGGCAUCUUCCAGCUCGGAUAGUGGCGACCCAACACCGCCGCGACCACCGCCACACAAACAUUUAUUGCCCAACGGCGUUCGUCUCCGCAUCGCACUGGCUACCGUUGUCAACGACCUGUUUGCGCGUCAGGCGCCUACGCCCAGGGAGAUUGCAUCCAACGCACAGACGCCUGGAAGCAUCGCAACGCCAAGGAGUGGCGACAGUCCCGAUUCUCCCCGAGUGGCGUCGACUUCCGCCAGUGCCAAUGUGCUUCCGCCUGCACUCUUGCCUCUCUUGACCGUCUCCCAUGCAUUCCAACAACAGCACCCAUACCCAUCACCCGGUCAGAAUUCAUUUUAUGCCGGUCAAUCUCAAUACCAGUCCCCUGCAUCACCCUUCGACUUCUCUCCCCGACCAACAGCGAGACCCACACCAACUCAGCGCACGCACACCCUCUUCGCAGCCGGAACAGAUCCAUCAACAGCUAAUUCUCCGCCAUCUCUCCGCUGCCCGCGACACCUCCACACACAAUGUAUGAUCUGCGUCGAUGUACGCGAAGCGCCACCCCCACGACCGCGCGGUUCAGGUGUGCUUCCUCCAGGACGCGGAAGGGAACCGAUCAUGCAGGGUGGCGGGUUGACUGGGUUCAGCACUGGCACCGGUGUCGGAUCCGGACUCGCCCGACGCGGUGGCGGCGACGUAUUGCGGCGGGCGCCUAGGAUUUAUGAUGAUGGCGGCGGCGGCACCACUCCUGCUGGCGGCGCGCGGCUGACUGAACUUCUGCCGAGGUUUCUGAGACUCAGCGCGCUCGUCGCUACUGAGCUUGGCGAGGAGACUGGCGCGCGGACACCUGUGAGGCCGGCCCCUGGGUGGUACAUGCUACUCGCGGGCUUGUUGACGCGUGCGACGCUCGAGGGAUACUUGUUCGCUGGAUGGAGAGGAUUGAAACCUGUUGAAGUGUUGUUUGGUGUCGGCUUAGGGUUCCACGAAGGGGAGUACGCUGAAGAAGAUGAGGGCGAGCUGGAGAAUUGGCUACUACCUUUUGAGCCAGAGGGCAUGCCGCGUCUCCGUGCUGCGUUACGCGUCCUGUUCCCAGUGCACGCCUCGGCCUUGACAUCGUCGAAUUCCUCAGCAUCGUCGACUACAGAUGCGGUGGCGCGCGAAGAGGACGAAGAUGAAGCGUCUUACGAGCGCGAGAUGCGUGCUCGCUUGGCCCGCUUUCUCGACGUACCCUCUGGCACACCCGACCUCAGUACACACAUGGAAGACCUGGCGUGGAUGUUCCCCGCGGAGCCCGUCGAGCGUGCGGCAUUACGGUUCUGCGAGAGCCUGUCGAAAUGGCGUGGCAAGCCUGAGCUGGAGACCUAUCGCGCACGACCGCCGAGUAGCGCGAACGGUCCUGCACCCACGCCUAGUGCGCCCGCAGAUGAAAAUGUCUGGAGGGGAAUCAGGAGGUGGUUCAAGAUCCCGCCGCCGAGCGUCAUGGCGGAGCGUGCGCGUGCCAACAGCGCGAGUUCAUCCAAUGCCAGCAGCACGAAUUACAAUGCACGACCACCGAUACCGCACUUGAACACGUCCGGUUCAUCUGGACUCACUGGCAUGAUGGGAUAUGGCGGGAUGAUGCAAAGCCCCGGCGCGCUGCAUAUGCAGGGCUCGCCGCCCUUCGGGUUCGGAGGUGGGGAUAAUCCGAGGAAGAGAGCGUGGGAUCAAAGCGGGCUGCAGGUGCCCGAGAGUGUACCGCCUAGGCAGAGGAUCAGGCCUGCUGGGCCGAUGUGCUCAGGUAUGAGCUUGACCUCACCCUGCGCCGCCAGCGUCCAAGCGUAG